AUGGCACCCUCAGCUGUUGAAACCGUGACAGGUCUCGCAAACGAUGCUAAAAAGGUGACGCUCUACCCCGGUCACGUCGAGGGCGCUUAUAAAGAGUUGGCUCCGAAUUCAUACCGUCGUGAAGACGAGGAAAAGGGAGUAGAUGGACAUGCUGCUGCAAAGUAUCCCAACUAUCUCCCCACAUGGAACAAAGACCAAGUCUACCCUCCCCUCGAGCCCUUCGAGCACUACGAACAUGGCAAAGAUGCCGACCCUAGCUUUCCCAACCUCAUCAAAUCCGACACAAAGAUCUCCCAUCUCACUCCCACAAUCGGUACUGAGAUUGAGGGCGUUCAGCUGAGCAGUCUCUCCGAUGCUGGCAAGGACGAGGUCGCCCGCUACGUCGCGGAGCGCAAAGUAGUAGCCUUCCGAAACCAAGACUUUGCCGACCUUCCCAUUGCAGAAGCCCUCAAGUUCGGAGGCUACUUCGGGCGUCAUCACAUUCAUCCUACCUCUGGAUCUCCUGAGGGUCAUCCUGAGAUUCAUCUUGUCCAUCGGAGUGCGGGGGAUAAGUCAUAUGAGGAGUUCUUCAAGUCUCGUGUGAGCUCUGUUGCUUGGCACUCUGAUAUCACGUACGAGCAGCAGCCUCCCGGGACUACAUUUCUCUAUGUGCUCGACAGCCCUGAAACUGGCGGUGAUACGUUGUUUGCCAAUACUGUAGAAGCAUACAACCGCCUAUCACCGACUUUCCAGAAACUCUUGCAUGGUCUCAAGGCUACACACUCUGGUAUCGAACAGAUCAACGCCAGUGUUAAGAAAGACGGUAUCAAACGACGCGAGCCUGUAGUUAACGAACACCCUAUUAUAAGAACACAUCCCGUCACAGGCGAGAAGUCCCUCUACGUCAACCCUCAGUUCACACGAAGCAUCGUCGGUCUCAAGAAAGAAGAAUCCGACGCCAUUCUCAACUUCCUUUACGAGCAUAUUGCAUGGGGCGCAGACUUCCACGCUCGCGUCAAGUGGCAGGCAGGGACUGUCGUGGUUUGGGACAACAGGUCAGUUCAGCACACUGCGAUUCUUGACUGGCAAUCUGGUCAGCGAAGACAUCUUGCUCGCAUCACGCCCCAGGCUGAGCGACCUUAUGAGACGCCAUUCGAGGGUUAG